UUUUCCACUUCACAAAUUUUUUUUUGUAUUUUUGUCAGCGAAAAUACAAAUUUACGUAUUUAAGUUCUUUUUUAUUUCACAACUUUUUUUUAUUGACAAAAUACUUACAUAAUCGUCCCAUUCCACCAUUCCAUAAAUUUACCAAUCUUCGGAGAAUUACACGUCUUGAAUCUAGGAUCUAUUAUUUUGAAUUCUGGUGUUGUUUGUGUAAAACUAGGAUCUACCAUUUUACUGUAAACGAAAGGUAACGAACACAUACACUAAAGUCCAAUCUCAAUGGUGGAAGUUAUAUAUAUAUUGGGGCGAAAUUAGACGCCAACAAUUAUAUAAUUGAAGUCAGCUCUUUGUUAUUACAGGCAAUGUAGCUAACGACGAGGUCACAUAUUACAAUUGCCAAAACUGACUAGUUCGUUUGAAAUCAUUCUACUUAUAUAAUUUGAAACCUAGUGGCGUGAUGCCAUAAACAAUGUCGUAGGCAAGUAAGGCUACUGUUACAAUCACCUGAUAAUCUAAUGUUGAAUGAAGACUUUGCACAAAGUUGACCAAUACAUAUGUUACCUCAAUUUCUUGCUUAUCAAAAGCAAUGAACUAAGAAUAAUAGUCUCCUCUAAAUCUGAUUCAGCUAUUCAAGAAGAAAUGAAGUUUCUUGAUUGGUUUCUUCUUCUCUUGAUCAUCGCUCUUACCAUUCUGAGAUCAGUCCAAGCUCAAAACCAAGCAGGAUUCAUCAGCUUGGAUUGUGGAUUGGUUCCAAAGAACACCAAUUAUGUAGAGAAGACGACUAAUAUAAGAUACAAAUCAGAUGCGGAUUACAUUGAUAGUGGAUCGGUCGGGAAGGUUAAUGAUGCAUACAAGACUCAGUUUCAGCAACAACUUUGGUCCUUGAGAAGCUUCCCUGAGGGUCGAAGAAACUGCUACAACGUCAACGUCACAGCGAAUAGCAAAUAUCUGAUCAGAGGAAGCUUUGUGUAUGGGAACUAUGAUGGCCUUAAUCAACUCCCUAGCUUUGAUCUUCAUAUAGGUCCUAACAAAUGGUCUUCUGUUACAAUAGUAGGAGUAGCAAAUUUUUCAAUGACCGAGAUCAUCCAUGUCGUCACACAAGAACGUCUUCAAGUUUGUCUUGUUAAGACAGGACCAACAACACCGUUCAUCUCAUCGCUUGAGCUUCGUCCAUUGAAUAAUAAAAGUUACGUCACACAAACCGGGUCAUUGAAGCGCUUCGCCAGAAGAUACUUUUCAAGCAGUUCAAGAGUCAUAAGGUAUGAUGAGGACCAAAACGACCAAGCAUGGAGUCCAUUCUUGAAUUCUGUUACCUCAACGAUAAGCACUGAUCUCAAUGUUGAUACAAGUAAUAGCUUCUACGAAGUGCCUCAAGCCGUGAUAAGGACUGCUGGUGUCCCGGUAAAUGCCAGUGAGCCAUGGAGCAUACGGUGGACUCUUGAUGAACCCACUGACCUCUCAUAUGUAUACAUGCAUUUCGCCGAAGUCCAAACUCUAAAAGACAAUGACAUUAGAGAGUUUAACAUUACUUACAACAAUGGUAUUCGUUGGUACCCGUUUUUAAGGCCUGAAAGUCUAAAAAUUUCAACCAUCGCCAAUCCAAGGGCCAUAAGUUCUCCUGAUGGGAAAUUUAAUUUCACUUUUACAAUGACUGGUAACUCAACUCUUCCUCCACUUCUCAACGCACUCGAGAUUUAUACAGUUGUAGACAUUCUACAGCUUGAGACAGAUAAGGAUGAAGUUUCUGCUAUGAUUAACAUCAAGAAGACAUAUGGUUUAAGCAAAAAGAUAAGCUGGCAAGGAGAUCCGUGUGUUCCUCAGCUUUACCUGUGGGAAGGUUUGAACUGUAGUUAUCCUGAUUCUGAGCCAUCACGGAUCAUAUCCUUGAAAUUGAAUGGGAGCGAGUUGAUCGGUACCAUAACAUCUGACAUAUCCAAGCUAACACAGCUAAUAGAGCUAGAUUUGUCAAAGAAUGAUUUAUCAGGAGAGAUUCCAGCAUUUUUUGCUGAUAUGAAGUUGUUGAAACUCAUAAACUUGAGUGGAAACCCGAAGCUUAAUCUCACAGUUCCAGCCUCUCUUCAGGAACGGCUAAACAGCAAAUCUUUAACACUUAUUUUGGGUGAUACCCUGAAUCCGACUGUGAAAGGCAAGAGUAGUAAGACUCCAGUGGCUGCUAUCGCAGCGUCAGUGGCUGGAGUGUUCGUUCUGGUAGUUAUCUUGGCCAUUUUCUUCGUUGUUAGAAAGAAAAAAACAAAAACCAACGCUGCUCCAGGACCCCCAUCAGCCAGUCCCGGUAUAGCUAAGAGUGAGACAAGAUCAUCCAAUCCAUCAAUCAUAUCAAAGGACCGUAGGAUCACCUACUCCGAGGUACUGAAGAUGACUAAUAACUUCCAGAGGGUUCUUGGCAAAGGAGGGUUUGGAACAGUGUACCAUGGAAACUUGGAUGAUGCUGAAGUUGCUGUGAAAAUGCUCUCUCAUUCGUCAGCUCAAGGUUACAAAGAAUUCAAAGCAGAGGUGGAGCUUCUUUUAAGAGUUCACCACAGACACUUGGUGGGACUUGUUGGGUACUGUGAUGACGGAGAUAACCUGGCUCUCAUCUAUGAAUACAUGGCAAAUGGAGACCUGAGGGAAAACAUGUCUGGUAAACACUUCCACUGCAUGAUUUUGAUUUUGGCUGAAACUAUCUUCUUCCACAGUUUAAGACAUUCAAAACUUGGUACAGGAAAACGAGGAGGCAAUGUCAUAACCUGGGAGAACAGGAUGCAAAUAGCUGUAGAGUCAGCUCAAGGAUUGGAGUAUCUGCACAAUGGAUGUAGGCCUCCUAUGGUCCAUAGAGAUGUGAAAACUACCAACAUCUUGUUGACUGAGCGGUACGGAGCAAAACUAGCCGACUUUGGUCUCUCGAGAUCCUUCCCUAUCGAUGGUGAAUGUCAUGUCUCCACAGUGGUUGCAGGCACACCAGGCUAUCUAGACCCUGAGUACUACAGAACAAACUGGCUAAGCGAGAAGAGUGACGUGUACAGCUUUGGGGUAGUGCUACUAGAGAUAGUCACAAACCAGCCUGUGAUAGAUAAAACUCGAGAGAGACCUCAUAUCAAUGAAUGGGUUGGGUUCAUGCUCACCAAAGGAGACAUCAGGAGCAUCAUUGAUCCGAAACUGAUGGGAGACUAUGACACAAACGGUGCUUGGAAGAUCGUAGAGCUGGCUAUGGCUUGUGUGAACCCCUCUUCGAACCAGAGACCAAAAAUGGCACACGUUGUGAUGGAGCUAAACGAGUGUGUGGCCUUGGAAAUUGCGAGGAGACAGGGUAGUCAAGAGAUGUACUCAAAUAAUUCACUUGACUAUAGUCUCUCUGAGUUUGCCCCUGGAGCUAGAUAACUUGAAAAUGUGUUUGAUGUGAUUUUAUGGAGAACUAUUCGGUUUGUUGUUGUUUGUUUUGCUUUCCGUUGUGAAACUCUACAGUUUCUGUUUUGGCAGAAGCAAUGUACGUUCAAUAUAUUUGAAGAAGGGCUAAUUGGCGAAAUAGCCAUUUUUUGAUGAUAAAUUAAGGAAGUAGUGAUGAUUUUGACAUAAUUCAUUGUCAGGCUUUUGUGCUUCUUCUCACCCGGUUAUGCCCUUUAAAGUAAUAGGUCACCGGUUUCAUAUUACAAAGUAAACGACGUGGUGGAUUUGCGUCGCACCGUAACAAUCACAAAAACAUACGGAGCGCGUGACAGAGAUGUAUUCAACACAUUAUGAAAGGGGAUGCAGAUAUAUGAGUAGAUAAAGAUCGUAAGUGUACCAAAAACAAACGGCGAAUUGACGACAAUGAAACAAGUGUAUUCUAUACCAAUUAUAGAAGGUCCAUACUACGUAGUAUAAGGCGAAUAGUAUCCUUAUAAAUGUAGUUCCAAUUGAAAGAGCAUAUAAAUACUUUGGGUACAGUUGAAAUGUGUAUGACGCAAGGAAAGAACGUAGUACUUUACCCAAAUGAAAGCCAAAUACUCAUUUUGCCAGCUUCAGAUAGGCAAAAUCAACAGUUACUAUUUAGAACCGAACUAUUCCAUAUGGUAUACAACAAUAUCAUAGCUAGAGUUGUGUGGGAGUUAGAAAGUACCGUACAUGGGGUUGGAUGAAGAGACGGGUACAUAUAGCGUGGGAUACGUCUAAUAUAACAACAUGGACGUGAGGCUUGGCCCUGGUCAACCAAAACCCUUUGAAUGCAACAACAUGAUACAAACCAUCAAAUUUAUAUGAGUGUAUGUUUCAUGCCACAUGAACAAUAUAGAAUAUAAACUUGGGAAUGUAAUUUACCAAUAUAAUCACUUACAAAGACAAUGACUUCUACGGUUGGGGAGAGAUGGUGACAUAAUUAAUGACAAUGGCUUACAGCUACUCCAUAUUAAAGAGUAGGAGGAAGCCACGUAAACAUGUGGAGUUAGUAAAGAUAUUUUUACUGUGUGGAGUUAAACAAAUGGUGUAAAUUAGUAGUUGUAUCAAUAAAUGUUGUAUUCCAUCUUCUUAUCAAUGCAAGUCAAUCUGAAGAAACUCAAAGCAAUGAGGUUGAGAAUUUAUAAACCCUAAUCCAAUAUCAAUCCCAAUCUUUCGUAAACUAAACUCAAAUUUCGAAAUACAAGUAAUAUUCAUUUCUAUUCUACAUGUACAUAUAGAAUAGAAAAUGUGACAAACGAUAUAACAAAUACAAAUAUAUUGUUCAAAUUUUGAAGUGUUUGUGAUUGCAAGGAAUGUGGUAAUGCUUACACUAAACUCAAAUGUUGAUAUGGCUAUGCCUUCAUGGAAGGUGGUAAUGCUUGCCCCAAUGUCAAUUCCAAUCGUACAUAAACUAAACCCUAUCAACUAAUCACUAAACCCUACACGGAAAUAUAAACCCUAAUUCAAUGUCAACUCCAAUCUUUCAUAAACUAAACCCUCGCCACUAAUACUAAAUCCUACAUGGAAAUAUAAACCCUAAUCUAAUGCCCCAACUUUAAUGUCAACCCCAAUCUUUCAUAAAUUAAAUCCAAAUUUCGAAAUACAAGUAACAUGCAUUUCCAUUCUACAUGAGCAUAUAAAAUAGAAAAGGUGAAUAUAUAGUUGCUAUCUAAAGAUCAUCUUAAUAUAUUUCUCAAAUGUUGAUAUGGAUAUAUCUUCGUGAAAAAUGGUAAUGUUUGCCCCAAUGUAAUUGUACAUAAACUAAACCAUAUCAACUAAUCCCAGAAAUAUAAACCCUAAUCCAAAGUUAACCCCAAUCUUUCAUAAACGAAACUCUAACCACUAAUUACUAAACCCUACAUGGAAAUAUAAACUCUAAUCUAAUAUGAACCCCAAUCUUUCAUAAACUAAACCCAAAUUUCAAAAUUUUAUCAUAUAGAAUAGAAAAGGUAAAAAUCAAUAUAGCAUAGUGCAUAUAUAUUAUUCAAAUUUUGAAGUGUCUAUGAUUAAUUGGAAUGGGCUAAUGCUUACACCAAAUUUCGAUUGACUGUAGCGAAAAGAAAUGAAGAUUGACGGUAUUAGAGAAAAGAGGUGCAAGAGACAACAUCAUAUAAAUAUCAUUCAACAUCACAUUGUAUUCUUUUUAAUUUGAUGUCAUAAUAAAUUCUAUUCCAUUUAAAUUCAAUAUAUUAUUUCUCUUUACAAAAUCAUAUACAGACUAAUAUAAAACAUAUGUAUACACCAAUUCAGAACUCAUAUCAAUAGAACAUGAAACAACAACGAACAAGAUGAAACCUCUCUUUCAAGCAUCAAAUGAAAUAUAACUUACUAAAUAAUACAUUAUAUAUUAAUAAAAAUGGCAAAUAAGAGAAAAACCAAAUUUGAAGGAAAGACAAUCUAUUCCAUUUCAUAAAGUAGUAUAUAAAUACUAUUACCCUUCCAACUCAUCCAUGACAAACCUGAAGAACAAAAUAAAAAUGAAGACACACGUUCGUUUACAAGUUGGAAGGAAAUAAUAGCAUAUGAGAUAGGCUACAAGUAUAUGAAUUACUUUAUGCUUAGGUUAUAUGUUUAGUUGUGUCAAUCUCAAAUAGCCUAUGCGAGUAAAGAAGUAACAUAUGCAUUUAGAAUUGUACCAUCUGAUAUAAUAUAGAAUUUAUAUAUAUGGAAUGAAACAUAUGGUCAGAUGGAAUGAAAAGCGAAUAGUAUAUUAGUUCUGAUAUGAUUCUUCAGAAAUAGCAGAGGAAUGGAAUGACAGGUAGCCAAUCUUUAAAACUAAGAUUUCCCAUUUCAAAUAGCACAAGAUCCAUAAGAUAUUCCAUUUCACAGAGAAGUAAACUUAUUUAUCGUAAAAGAGACUUUUCAUUCCAUAAUUACUAUCCUCCCUUCGCAGUAAACAUAUGAGUACGACGAACCAAAAAAUUUCAACCUUAAAUCAAUUUGUUUACCUCAGAUUACCAGAUCAGAUAUGCAACAGAAACGCUGAGUUAGAUUUAUCAACUUAGAAUAGACUAGGGCUGAAUCUAUUCCAAAUAGGGGAAAUGAAAUUGAAACAAUUGAAUAUACGUUAGAAAACAGAAAAGUUACAAUAUUACAACAGAUCUCAACCUAAUCGCCGAUAUGAAAGAGAUGAGGUUCUGGUGAUCGUUCACGCCGAUCACACUUACGAACUCUUCUCGCAACCAAUUUAAUUGUACAUAAACUAAACCAUAUCAACUAAUCCCAGAAAUAUAAACCCUAAUCCAAAGUUAACCCCAAUCUUUCAUAAACGAAACUCUAACCACUAAUUACUAAACCCUACAUGGAAAUAUAAACUCUAAUCUAAUAUGAACCCCAAUCUUUCAUAAACUAAACCCAAAUUUCAAAAUUUUAUCAUAUAGAAUAGAAAAGGUAAAAAUCAAUAUAGCAUAGUGCAUAUAUAUUAUUCAAAUUUUGAAGUGUCUAUGAUUAAUUGGAAUGGGCUAAUGCUUACACCAAAUUUCGAUUGACUGUAGCGAAAAGAAAUGAAGAUUGACGGUAUUAGAGAAAAGAGGUGCAAGAGACAACAUCAUAUAAAUAUCAUUCAACAUCACAUUGUAUUCUUUUUAAUUUGAUGUCAUAAUAAAUUCUAUUCCAUUUAAAUUCAAUAUAUUAUUUCUCUUUACAAAAUCAUAUACAGACUAAUAUAAAACAUAUGUAUACACCAAUUCAGAACUCAUAUCAAUAGAACAUGAAACAACAACGAACAAGAUGAAACCUCUCUUUCAAGCAUCAAAUGAAAUAUAACUUACUAAAUAAUACAUUAUAUAUUAAUAAAAAUGGCAAAUAAGAGAAAAACCAAAUUUGAAGGAAAGACAAUCUAUUCCAUUUCAUAAAGUAGUAUAUAAAUACUAUUACCCUUCCAACUCAUCCAUGACAAACCUGAAGAACAAAAUAAAAAUGAAGACACACGUUCGUUUACAAGUUGGAAGGAAAUAAUAGCAUAUGAGAUAGGCUACAAGUAUAUGAAUUACUUUAUGCUUAGGUUAUAUGUUUAGUUGUGUCAUUCUCAAAUAGCCUAUGCGAGUAAAGAAGUAACAUAUGCAUUUAGAAUUGUACCAUCUGAUAUAAUAUAGAAUUUAUAUAUAUGGAAUGAAACAUAUGGUCAGAUGGAAUGAAAAGCGAAUAGUAUAUUAGUUCUGAUAUGAUUCUUCAGAAAUAGCAGAGGAAUGGAAUGACAGGUAGCCAAUCUUUAAAACUAAGAUUUCCCAUUUCAAAUAGCACAAGAUCCAUAAGAUAUUCCAUUUCACAGAGAAGUAAACUUAUUUAUCGUAAAAGAGACUUUUCAUUCCAUAAUUACUAUCCUCCCUUCGCAGUAAACAUAUGAGUACGACGAACCAAAAAAUUUCAACCUUAAAUCAAUUUGUUUACCUCAGAUUACCAGAUCAGAUAUGCAACAGAAACGCUGAGUUAGAUUUAUCAACUUAGAAUAGACUAGGGCUGAAUCUAUUCCAAAUAGGGGAAAUGAAAUUGAAACAAUUGAAUAUACGUUAGAAAACAGAAAAGUUACAAUAUUACAACAGAUCUCAACCUAAUCGCCGAUAUGAAAGAGAUGAGGUUCUGGUGAUCGUUCACGCCGAUCACACUUACGAACUCUUCUCGCAACCAAUUUAAUUGUACAUAAACUAAACCAUAUCAACUAAUCCCAGAAAUAUAAACCCUAAUCCAAAGUUAACCCCAAUCUUUCAUAAACGAAACUCUAACCACUAAUUACUAAACCCUACAUGGAAAUAUAAACUCUAAUCUAAUAUGAACCCCAAUCUUUCAUAAACUAAACCCAAAUUUCAAAAUUUUAUCAUAUAGAAUAGAAAAGGUAAAAAUCAAUAUAGCAUAGUGCAUAUAUAUUAUUCAAAUUUUGAAGUGUCUAUGAUUAAUUGGAAUGGGCUAAUGCUUACACCAAAUUUCGAUUGACUGUAGCGAAAAGAAAUGAAGAUUGACGGUAUUAGAGAAAAGAGGUGCAAGAGACAACAUCAUAUAAAUAUCAUUCAACAUCACAUUGUAUUCUUUUUAAUUUGAUGUCAUAAUAAAUUCUAUUCCAUUUAAAUUCAAUAUAUUAUUUCUCUUUACAAAAUCAUAUACAGACUAAUAUAAAACAUAUGUAUACACCAAUUCAGAACUCAUAUCAAUAGAACAUGAAACAACAACGAACAAGAUGAAACCUCUCUUUCAAGCAUCAAAUGAAAUAUAACUUACUAAAUAAUACAUUAUAUAUUAAUAAAAAUGGCAAAUAAGAGAAAAACCAAAUUUGAAGGAAAGACAAUCUAUUCCAUUUCAUAAAGUAGUAUAUAAAUACUAUUACCCUUCCAACUCAUCCAUGACAAACCUGAAGAACAAAAUAAAAAUGAAGACACACGUUCGUUUACAAGUUGGAAGGAAAUAAUAGCAUAUGAGAUAGGCUACAAGUAUAUGAAUUACUUUAUGCUUAGGUUAUAUGUUUAGUUGUGUCAUUCUCAAAUAGCCUAUGCGAGUAAAGAAGUAACAUAUGCAUUUAGAAUUGUACCAUCUGAUAUAAUAUAGAAUUUAUAUAUAUGGAAUGAAACAUAUGGUCAGAUGGAAUGAAAAGCGAAUAGUAUAUUAGUUCUGAUAUGAUUCUUCAGAAAUAGCAGAGGAAUGGAAUGACAGGUAGCCAAUCUUUAAAACUAAGAUUUCCCAUUUCAAAUAGCACAAGAUCCAUAAGAUAUUCCAUUUCACAGAGAAGUAAACUUAUUUAUCGUAAAAGAGACUUUUCAUUCCAUAAUUACUAUCCUCCCUUCGCAGUAAACAUAUGAGUACGACGAACCAAAAAAUUUCAACCUUAAAUCAAUUUGUUUACCUCAGAUUACCAGAUCAGAUAUGCAACAGAAACGCUGAGUUAGAUUUAUCAACUUAGAAUAGACUAGGGCUGAAUCUAUUCCAAAUAGGGGAAAUGAAAUUGAAACAAUUGAAUAUACGUUAGAAAACAGAAAAGUUACAAUAUUACAACAGAUCUCAACCUAAUCGCCGAUAUGAAAGAGAUGAGGUUCUGGUGAUCGUUCACGCCGAUCACACUUACGAACUCUUCUCGCAACCAAUUUAAUUGUACAUAAACUAAACCAUAUCAACUAAUCCCAGAAAUAUAAACCCUAAUCCAAAGUUAACCCCAAUCUUUCAUAAACGAAACUCUAACCACUAAUUACUAAACCCUACAUGGAAAUAUAAACUCUAAUCUAAUAUGAACUCCAAUCUUUCAUAAACUAAACCCAAAUUUCAAAAUUUUAUCAUAUAGAAUAGAAAAGGUAAAAAUCAAUAUAGCAUAGUGCAUAUAUAUUAUUCAAAUUUUGAAGUGUCUAUGAUUAAUUGGAAUGGGCUAAUGCUUACACCAAAUUUCGAUUGACUGUAGCGAAAAGAAAUGAAGAUUGACGGUAUUAGAGAAAAGAGGUGCAAGAGACAACAUCAUAUAAAUAUCAUUCAACAUCACAUUGUAUUCUUUUUAAUUUGAUGUCAUAAUAAAUUCUAUUCCAUUUAAAUUCAAUAUAUUAUUUCUCUUUACAAAAUCAUAUACAGACUAAUAUAAAACAUAUGUAUACACCAAUUCAGAACUCAUAUCAAUAGAACAUGAAACAACAACGAACAAGAUGAAACCUCUCUUUCAAGCAUCAAAUGAAAUAUAACUUACUAAAUAAUACAUUAUAUAUUAAUAAAAAUGGCAAAUAAGAGAAAAACCAAAUUUGAAGGAAAGACAAUCUAUUCCAUUUCAUAAAGUAGUAUAUAAAUACUAUUACCCUUCCAACUCAUCCAUGACAAACCUGAAGAACAAAAUAAAAAUGAAGACACACGUUCGUUUACAAGUUGGAAGGAAAUAAUAGCAUAUGAGAUAGGCUACAAGUAUAUGAAUUACUUUAUGCUUAGGUUAUAUGUUUAGUUGUGUCAUUCUCAAAUAGCCUAUGCGAGUAAAGAAGUAACAUAUGCAUUUAGAAUUGUACCAUCUGAUAUAAUAUAGAAUUUAUAUAUAUGGAAUGAAACAUAUGGUCAGAUGGAAUGAAAAGCGAAUAGUAUAUUAGUUCUGAUAUGAUUCUUCAGAAAUAGCAGAGGAAUGGAAUGACAGGUAGCCAAUCUUUAAAACUAAGAUUUCCCAUUUCAAAUAGCACAAGAUCCAUAAGAUAUUCCAUUUCACAGAGAAGUAAACUUAUUUAUCGUAAAAGAGACUUUUCAUUCCAUAAUUACUAUCCUCCCUUCGCAGUAAACAUAUGAGUACGACGAACCAAAAAAUUUCAACCUUAAAUCAAUUUGUUUACCUCAGAUUACCAGAUCAGAUAUGCAACAGAAACGCUGAGUUAGAUUUAUCAACUUAGAAUAGACUAGGGCUGAAUCUAUUCCAAAUAGGGGAAAUGAAAUUGAAACAAUUGAAUAUACGUUAGAAAACAGAAAAGUUACAAUAUUACAACAGAUCUCAACCUAAUCGCCGAUAUGAAAGAGAUGAGGUUCUGGUGAUCGUUCACGCCGAUCACACUUACGAACUCUUCUCGCAACCAAUUUAAUUGUACAUAAACUAAACCAUAUCAACUAAUCCCAGAAAUAUAAACCCUAAUCCAAAGUUAACCCCAAUCUUUCAUAAACGAAACUCUAACCACUAAUUACUAAACCCUACAUGGAAAUAUAAACUCUAAUCUAAUAUGAACUCCAAUCUUUCAUAAACUAAACCCAAAUUUCAAAAUUUUAUCAUAUAGAAUAGAAAAGGUAAAAAUCAAUAUAGCAUAGUGCAUAUAUAUUAUUCAAAUUUUGAAGUGUCUAUGAUUAAUUGGAAUGGGCUAAUGCUUACACCAAAUUUCGAUUGACUGUAGCGAAAAGAAAUGAAGAUUGACGGUAUUAGAGAAAAGAGGUGCAAGAGACAACAUCAUAUAAAUAUCAUUCAACAUCACAUUGUAUUCUUUUUAAUUUGAUGUCAUAAUAAAUUCUAUUCCAUUUAAAUUCAAUAUAUUAUUUCUCUUUACAAAAUCAUAUACAGACUAAUAUAAAACAUAUGUAUACACCAAUUCAGAACUCAUAUCAAUAGAACAUGAAACAACAACGAACAAGAUGAAACCUCUCUUUCAAGCAUCAAAUGAAAUAUAACUUACUAAAUAAUACAUUAUAUAUUAAUAAAAAUGGCAAAUAAGAGAAAAACCAAAUUUGAAGGAAAGACAAUCUAUUCCAUUUCAUAAAGUAGUAUAUAAAUACUAUUACCCUUCCAACUCAUCCAUGACAAACCUGAAGAACAAAAUAAAAAUGAAGACACACGUUCGUUUACAAGUUGGAAGGAAAUAAUAGCAUAUGAGAUAGGCUACAAGUAUAUGAAUUACUUUAUGCUUAGGUUAUAUGUUUAGUUGUGUCAUUCUCAAAUAGCCUAUGCGAGUAAAGAAGUAACAUAUGCAUUUAGAAUUGUACCAUCUGAUAUAAUAUAGAAUUUAUAUAUAUGGAAUGAAACAUAUGGUCAGAUGGAAUGAAAAGCGAAUAGUAUAUUAGUUCUGAUAUGAUUCUUCAGAAAUAGCAGAGGAAUGGAAUGACAGGUAGCCAAUCUUUAAAACUAAGAUUUCCCAUUUCAAAUAGCACAAGAUCCAUAAGAUAUUCCAUUUCACAGAGAAGUAAACUUAUUUAUCGUAAAAGAGACUUUUCAUUCCAUAAUUACUAUCCUCCCUUCGCAGUAAACAUAUGAGUACGACGAACCAAAAAAU